CACGCUGUUUUGACCACUCAGGGUUAAGCCUCUUCCAUUUUUUCAGACACUCAGAGACUCAGAGAAAGGGAAAGAGAGAGAGAGAGAGAGAACAAAAGCUUGGAGCUGCUUACUGCAUGCAGAGCCAAGGUGAAGAGAGGGAGAUAAGCAGAGAGAGAGACCGUGAGCUGCAGAGAGAGAUAGAGAAGAGGAAGAGCCGGACAUUGAUGGUCGAAUCGAUAGAAUUGGUUGAGAAUUGAGAGAGCUUCGCUGUGAGGUCUGAAACCGAGGGGUUUCAUCGAGCCAGUGUACGAGCAGAGCGAUAGAGAGUGGUCUAUAGGUGGAGAUUGGUAGAUACAGCUUCUGGUUUGAGCUUUGAGUUAGGGUUUCAAUUGAGGUAUACGAGAGAGAGAGAAACAGAGGUGAAUAUAUAGAUUUUUGUGGUGGUUUGAAGACUAGGGGUUUUGGGUGUUUGGAUCUUGGGGUGGGGGUGAAAGUUUAGAAAUUGCACAGCUGAGAGUUUCAGAUGAGAGAUCUGCUCUGAGCUUUUGUAGAAAUGACGUCAUCGGAGGUUUCGAUAAAGGACAAUUGCGGGAACCAGAGGGGAGAUAGCUUCUCGUCCGGUUUCAGUGACCAUAACGAUGCUAGGAAUAACUUAGAGGGGCAAAACAGUCAUCCCACUGUUUCCGCCGCCGGUAGAGAUGCUGAGACUGCACUUUACACGGAGCUUUGGCACGCCUGCGCUGGGCCGCUCGUGACUGUGCCGCGUGAACGGGAACGUGUCUUUUACUUCCCUCAGGGACACAUCGAGCAGGUGGAGGCGUCAACUAAUCAGGUGGCUGACCAACAGAUGCCUGUGUAUAAUCUUCCCUCAAAGAUCCUUUGCCGGGUUAUCCAUGUACAACUGAAGGCUGAACCGGACACUGAUGAGGUAUUUGCACAAGUCACUUUACUUCCCGAGCCAAGUCAAGAUGAGAAUGCGGUAGAGAAGGAACCUCCUCCCCCUCCACCACCGCGAUUUCAAGUACAUUCAUUUUGUAAGACUCUAACUGCUUCGGAUACAAGCACUCAUGGUGGAUUUUCAGUGCUGAGGCGGCACGCAGAUGAAUGCCUUCCACAACUGGACAUGUCUCGCCAGCCUCCAACCCAGGAGUUGGUUGCAAAAGAUUUGCAUGCAAAUGAGUGGCGCUUUCGCCAUAUCUUCCGAGGUCAACCCCGGAGGCAUUUGCUUCAAAGUGGUUGGAGUGUUUUCGUUAGCUCCAAGAGGCUUGUUGCAGGAGAUGCAUUUAUAUUUUUAAGGGGUGAAAACGGGGAGCUCCGUGUUGGUGUUAGACGUGCAAUGAGACAGCAAGGCAGCGCCCCAUCUUCAGUGAUAUCUAGUCACAGUAUGCACCUAGGUGUCCUUGCUACCGCAUGGCACGCCAUCUUAACAGGGACGAUGUUCACUGUGUACUACAAGCCAAGAACAAGCCCUGCUGAAUUCAUUGUUCCAUUUGACCAGUACAUGGAGUCUGUUAAGAACAACUAUUCUAUAGGUAUGAGGUUCAAGAUGAGGUUCGAAGGUGAAGAAGCUCCGGAGCAGAGGUUUACUGGUACCAUAAUUGGAAUUGAAGACGCUGACACCAACAGAUGGCGAGAUUCCAAAUGGAGAUCCCUUAAGGUGAGAUGGGAUGAGACUUCAACCAUACCUCGUCCAGACAGAGUUUCACCUUGGAAAAUAGAGCCUGCUCUUGCUCCUCCAGCACUGAAUCCCCUCCCGAUGCCUCGGCCAAAAAGGCCUCGGUCAAACAUGGUACCCUCGUCUCCAGACUCUAUUCUCACCAGGGAAGGUGCCUCAAAAGUAACUGCAGACCCUGCAAUGCCAGGUGGGUUUUCAAGGGUCUUGCAAGGUCAAGAAUUCUCGACCUUGAGAGGCAAUUUUGUGGAUAGCGAGUCUGAUACUGCUGAAAAGUCUCUUGCAUGGACGCCUUCGGUAGAUGAUGAGAAGAUUGACGUGGUUUCUGCUUCAAGAAGAUAUGGUUCAGAGAACUGGAUGCCCUCAGGGAGGCAUGAACCGACUUACACAGAUCUGUUGUCAGGCUUUGGGACUAAUGUUGAUUCUUCGCGUGGUAUCUGUCCACCUUUUGUUGAUCAAGCUGUUGGUAAUUCAAUGAGAAAGCAUUCAUUAGAUCAGGAAGGCAAGUUUAACUUGCAGUCAUGGUCCAUGUUGCCCUCAUCUCUGUCCCUUAGCUUGGACUCUAAUCUUAAGGGUCCUCCCAUUGCCAAUAUGGCUUACCAAGCGCACGGGAAUGCUAGAUAUGGUGGAUUUAGUGACUAUUCUGUUCUGAACGGUCAUAGAGUUGACCACCCACAAGGAAAUUGGUUAAUGCCUCCACCCCCAUCACAUUUCGAGAAUCCUGCGAAUGCAAGGGAGGCCAUGCCACAACAUGCGUCACUACAGAAACAGGAGUACAAGCUCUUUGGUAUUCCUCUCAUAGCACCAGAGGCUGCAUUGUCACACAGAAAUGCGAUGAUUGGGUCGCCUCACCAUAACCAAGUUCAUACUUUUGAGUCUGACCAGAAGUCUGAUAAAUCAAGGGGCUCAAAAUCAGUGGAGAAUCCCUUAGCUGUUGGUGAGCCGGAUAAACUGUUACAAACUUCUCAGCAACAUGUCAGAGAUGGUCAGGGUAAACCACAGGGAGGUUCAACUAGGAGUUGUACCAAGGUUCACAAACAAGGUAUUGCACUUGGUAGGUCUGUUGAUCUUACGAAGUUCAAUAACUACGAGGAACUGAUUGCUGCAUUGGAUCAAUUGUUUGAAUUUGACGGUGAGCUGGUGGCCCCGAAAAAGAAUUGGUUGAUUGUGUACACUGAUGAUGAGGGUGAUAUGAUGCUUGUUGGAGAUGAUCCCUGGCAGGAAUUUUGUGGCAUAGUCCGGAAGAUUUUCAUCUACACCAGAGAGGAGGUUCAAAAGAUGAACCCUGGGACUCUAAAUUCACAUGGGGAGGAGAAUUUAUCAUUGGUUGCGGAGGGUGCAGAUGCAAGAGAGGGGAAGUCUCAGCUACUUACUUAAGCAUCUACUCCCAGAAAAUGUUAGGCCUGGGUCCGAAGAUUUGUAGGUAUAUGACUAGGUAUAUAUAAUUAAAGAUGCUUUUGUUGGCCAUUUAUGCCCGUUUUAGCCAUUUUGAUCAUGCUUUCUUACUGGAAAUCUGUAGAGUUUGGGGGGGAAGAUUAGUGACGGUGCAUUUGUGAGUGUUCUAUUAAGCUAUUCGGAUAUAUGGAGUAACAGAGAUGGAUGUAAGCUGUUUCUCCGUUGGACUUUUAACUUCAUCUGAGAAGUCCAAGAUAGAUGACGGCACAUGUGGUUUUAUUCAGUUUUGGACAUGUUCUGGAGUUAGUUUAUUUUCAAGUGUCCGGUUAUAUAUAGAUAUAGAUAUAUAUAUACUACCCUUUGUUUCGAGUAAGGCGAUGUGGCCUAAGCUCUUUCAAACAAUUCCACCUUGUACAUACCUGUUUUACCUGUUUUUCCCGACCUUGUAAUGUAAGUGCACAGAUUGCCUAAUGUUAUGCGUUUUGGGUUAAGAAGGAAAUUACUUAAUGAUUUUAGUUUA